GUUUCAUGCUAUAGUUCAAAUUGAUCAUUUAUAAGUGAUUCCAGGACGUGACAAGAAUCAAAUAUUCUGAGAAUGAAUUUUAACCUCCUGAUGAUUUCUUUGGGCAUUCCUUCCAUUCUGUCUCUGAAUGAAGUCGAUCUGAGGCGGAGUCUGUUGGACCCUGCUGUGUAUGAUAAGUUUGUUCGGCCACGAAUCAAUGCCUCCCACAUCGUGAACGUGCGGAUUAAACUGACCAGCGUGUACGUCAUCAGUUUAAAAGAAAGAGAAAGUUCCUUUUCUCAAGCGUGUUACCUCCAUUUGAACUGGAAUGACGAAUUUUUGACGUGGAAUGCUAGUCAUUAUGAGGGCAUAGACAGUUUUGUUAUCGACCCAUCAUUUCUUUGGACCCCUGAUGUCACAAUUUUUGGGAGAAUGGAGGCUAAUCAAGGAGUUGAUUUUAGUCGUGUCCAAGUUCAGUCCAAUGGAUCGGUCAGUACGUUGUUUUUAGGUCUGUUGACCACCCACUGUAGCACAAAUCCCGCCUACUUCCCGUUUGAUUAUCAACUUUGUGCCUUCAAAGUGGGUUCCCAGAUGUACUCCAACUUAGAUGUCUUCAUAGAAAUCACCUCCGUAAAAAUAGACAAAGAACAGGAAGGUAACCCUACCUGGGAUUUAGUAGACAUCAAACUGAGAAAUACAUCCUACGGUUAUCAGGAGGUGUUUUUCUGCCUUCGAAGGAAGCCUCUCUAUCUCAUUAUUCUAUAUGUGGUGCCCACAACCAUGCUCGCUGUCCUAGUUCUCAUCUCCUACGUGAUUCCUAGUGAAGCUGGGGAGAAAAUUUCCUUUGGAAUGUCUCUGUUCCUAUCCUUCAUGGUUUGCCUGUUGCAGUUAAUUGGACAUUUACCUCAAGUGUCCACCUCUGUUCCUGCAUUGGAGAUUUACUAUAUGCUCCACAUGGUCAGUGGCGUCAUUUCUGUGGUUGUCUCCUCCUUCACGGCUUACGUCAUACACAAAACCGACCAAUCACCUCAGUCCACCGCAACCAAGGUCAAGGACGUAGCCAUGGUCCUUGACAAAAAUAACAAAACCGACAGAAAAGUAAUGAAGAAUCCUUGUGGACUUCUAAGAUCUGGGAUAUUCUUAAACCGAUUUGGAUUUUUCGUGUCGUUCCUUUUAAUUCUGACAGCAAACAGCGUAAUACUGAAUGCAACAUUGGUCUCCACUGAUUGUAUCUAUCCUGAAUAAUUACACGCAUUGCAAAAUGACUUCCCGUUAAGUCACUUUUGGGGUUGGAUAAUAAAUUCAUCCUUCAGGCCUGAUAUCUGGGUUUUGUACUUGCCUUGAUAUCAUUUUGAUGAUAGUUCUAUUCCUUUCUUUCGUUGAGUUUUUGCAUACAAUGAUAUCAUUGAAAAUAGUUCGCGCACAAAAACUUCUACAGCAGAUUUUAUAACAAUGACCACGAGAUAGAAGUAAACGUAUAUAGCAGAUUAUACAAAAUGACCAAGAGAUAGAAAUAAAUGGCUAUAGCAGAUUAUAUAACAAUGACCACGAGAUAGAAAUAAACGGGGGAAAAAUACAUCCGAAUUGAACUAUAUUGUACAAUUUUAUUUACAAGAAUUAAUGUAUUUCCCUAUAAAAUUUUAUAUUUGGUGCGAAAUUAUUAACGUGUUCAUUCAAGUGUCUGCAGCAAUUACUUCUAAGGUUAUGAUGAAGUCACAAUAGGGAUCUAUAGAUAUUAACGAGAAACUAACAACUCAACUUUAUGACAAACUUGAUGACUUCAGCUUCACCAACGUUAGCAAUAUUCUUUAUUACCUGCAUAUGUUGUAUAUGUUUCUCAACUGAUUCGAUACACAAAAGCUUGUUUUACAUAUGAUAAGUAUUUAAAUCGAGUCAAACUACUGACAAAGAAAUUGAUGUUACAGGGGUUUCAACAGUUUCGUUUAAAGUCAGCAUUUCACAAAUUCUAUAUCUGGUUGUUAUGAUAGUCUCGUUUACCAAUACAAACUGUAAUAGGGCCAAAUGCUGUCUGACUUGUUUCAUACCAAUUGUUAAGCCGUUCUCUGCACACUGAUUUUGCCUAUGGAUUAGUCUGUUUACAUGAUGAGGGUAUAGGGCUCAAGGUGCAUGUAACUGGUCGGCAGGGGGUGCGUACUCCUCCUGGGCACCUGAUCCCACCUCUGGUAUGCAGGGGUCGUGUUUGCCAAGAU